CCUGUAAGAACAGGAACCUGCACGGUCCGGCAUCCGGGGUCCUCUGGCCAACUCCUUCCUCAGUAUUACAGGUGGGGAAAGAACCGCACGCACCCCCCGCUCCUCUAGGAACUGGCUCUCCCACUGAAAUUUGCACUGGCACUCAUGCCUCUGCUCUAGGAUCUGUGUGCUCUCUCCCACUCUCUCCUGUCCAUACCCUUUCGCUCUUGGUAUUUCAAUAUGCUGCUUGCAACGCUCUUCUGCCCACCCAGAUGCUUUUACAGUCGGGCGGGUGGGGGCAGUCUGACUCGGCUGAGCUCUCUCCAGUUCAUUUAAGUUACACAGUUCCGUCUGUGUAAUAUAGUCGCUUGAAUGUAUCUGUCUUUUCUUUCCUCUCCGUGAGCCAAAAGCGUCAAUCUGCCAACGAAUGGGAUAAUUUUUCAGCUGGUGUUUGGCAAUCAUCAUUUUUCUCCCUGCUCAACCAGCGCUUUGUUGUAGCAAAUGGAAAAGUUAGCAAUCUGACUUCUGAACAGGGGGAUAUGCCUCAAAAGAAGCAGGUUCCCUGUGGCAUCAGGAGCCCAGCUCCCCAACUGCGCCGGCCACAUUUACUGGCUGUUACUAGAAUGAUUAGUGGCAUGAUUGUUUGUUGUUAACAGCCCAUCUGUAGUGUUUAAACUUCAUCGGGGAGCAGAAUUUCACAGCCAUUAUCUGGCUGGAGGACAGCUUCAUAUGGUCCGCAGAGGGGCUGUGAAAUCCCAGAGGAAAUUAAAUAUAACAGGGGGCCUUCCUGUUAUGUGGAUCCAAUUGAUUUUUUUUUUUUUCUCUGAUAGAAAUCAGCAGCUGGUUUGAUGUUCUCUGGGGCAUCAGAGUGCCUAUUGCUGCUGGCAGAGAUCAUGAGAAAGUGUCUGUCACCAAAGGCAGGUGCUGAAGACCGUGAUUUUCUGCCACUCCUACUUUUUUGUCAUCCCAGGGAUUUCUUGCCUCGUGCUCUGCUUGGCUGGAUGUCACAGUGAGAUGAUGCUGGGAAGCUGAAGAUAGGUACCCACAGAGGAAGGAGGAGAUCAUUUCUCCGAGAACCUGGAUCACUUCUCUGACAACAUGGAUGAUUUCUCCAACGACCUCUUCAGCAGUUUCUUCGAUGACCCAGUUCUGGCUGAAAAGAACCCGCUGCUGGACAUGGACCUGGACCCACCCACUCCAGGCAUCCAGGCAGAGCACAGCUACUCCCUCAGCGGAGACUCUGCUCCCCAGAGCCCCCUCAUGCCUGUCAAGACUGAAGAUAAUGCUAACGAGCUGGAGAAUGGAGUGUGGUCUCUGGGGCCCAAGCUCUGCUCCAUCAUGGUGAAGCAGGAACAGAACCUGGCUCUAGACCCGCCUGAGUCCCAGCUGGCUGCCAGCUCCAGACCUGUGCUGAACCUCAACCCUCUGCAGAGACUGCCAGUCCCCGAGGAGACUCCCAUUGAAAUGACUCCAGCACCUGUGAUCAAAGCUGAACCCAAAGAAGUGAACCAGUUUCUAAACGUACCUGCAGUAGAUGACCUGGUGCAGAUGCCUCCAACUCCACCCAGCAGCCAUGGCAGUGACAGCGAUGGGUCCCAGAGCCCUCGGUCCCUGCCUCCCUCCAGCCCAGCCCGACCUGCUGCUCGCUCUUCUACUGCCAUCUCCUCCUCACCUCUCCUCACAGCACCACACAAAUUACAAGGGACCUCUGGCCCACUGCUCCUGACUGAAGAGGAGAAACGCACCUUGAUUGCUGAGGGCUACCCCAUUCCUACCAAGCUGCCCCUCACCAAAGCAGAGGAGAAAGCACUGAAGAGGGUCCGGAGGAAAAUAAAGAACAAGAUCUCUGCUCAGGAGAGUCGCAGAAAGAAGAAGGAGUAUGUGGAAUGUUUAGAGAAAAAGGUCGAGACAUACACGACAGAAAAUAAUGAACUCUGGAAAAAAGUGGAGACCUUAGAAAGUGCAAACAGGACUCUGCUCCAGCAGUUACAGAAGCUGCAGGCUCUGGUAGCUGGGAAAGUCUCCAGACCGUACAAAAUGGCUUCCACACAGACUGGGACCUGCCUAAUGGUGCUGGUGCUCUGCUUCGUCCUCAUCCUGGGAUCCCUGAUGCCCUGUCUCCCAGAGUUCUCUACAGCAUCACAGACAGUGAAAGCAACACCAGCACCAGACAUUUACACAACUAGUAAGAUUCAGUCACGGAGCCUCUUGUUCUAUGAUGAGGGUGCUGGCUCCUUAGAAGAGAGCUAUAGCUCCUUCCUAACCAUGGACCAUCCUGAGGGGUGGGAGGCUGAAAAAGGGCAGUCUGACGAGCCAAGGCCUCAUCUGGCAAGGACGCAUGAAACAGCCAAAUAUAUGAGCAAGUCCCAUCUGGAGAAUCCUGACCAGAACCAAACUGACCCAACUCUAACCCACCUCAAAGAGCAAUUUCAUGAGAGGGAAACAAGCUCCAGUGAGACAGCUGAAUACUUGUAGCAGCUGCUGGACCUCAAGGCCUCCUCUGUCUGAUUGCAGGAUUCCCUCCUCACUGAGGAACUGAGGGGACUUGGCAGGAGAGGAUGCUGCAUUCAGACCCUCCUAAACUGGCCUUGAGUUCAGCUCCUUCCCAUCCCCACGGCCCCCUUUGGUACUGAUUCCUUUGAGAGGAGUCACAGGACUGCCAGAACCAGUAAUAAAGGUCUGACAAAGUCCUGAGACGCCCUCUUCUCCUGGCCUUAUCUCCUGCUUGAAUGAGCACUACCCUAUGGGUGUGGGCUCACCAUGGAAUGGAGGGAGGUCAAGAGGAGGCCCUCAAACUGUUCAGCUCACUCCCCAAAGCCUCCAUGGGGGCUGUCCCUAGGCACGUACCCCUUGGCUACAUCAGAUGCAUGUGAAAGAGAGAGAGAGUUUUACUACUCUGCUUGAGGGACUUUCCAGUGGGUGAUGCUGGGACUGGAGAGGUGACUCUGGAGAGUUUGAGCUCAUUCCUUCCCCUCCAUCUGUUAGUACGCUUCUGCCUCCACUGAGAGAAAAACUAGUUCUUCCUUGCUCUAGUUUUCUCUUGAUGGAUGUGCCUACAUAACUUCCACGCCAACUAUCUGCAAAGAUCUGCACACAAACGGAGUGGGGGGAGACAGAUCCCAGACCAAGAUAAACCACCAUGAAAAUUAACUGGCAGCUUCCAGGCAGUCAGAACUCUAAAACAGGGAGAAGUUUUUCCCCACAGCCCAAUUCUCUCCACCCUCAGCACCUUUGCUUUGGCAGAGGUGUGUUUUUUUUCCUUUUGGUUCCCAGCUUGGGCCCUACAGUGUGGUGCUAAUCAGAUCAGUACUUUCCCACUUCCCAUUCUACACACCCCUUGAUUUGAGAGUGAGAGAAAUCCACUUGUAUCACCAUAUUGCAGCUGUCCAUCCCCAGUUCCACUUCAUGCCAAAUGGGAUCUCCCUAAGAACCGUGAAGAAGAAAGAACUCUGCAACCUGUAGAAGGGCUACUAGAGAGCCAUAAUUCCCCUCACAUCCUGAUAUCACUGUUGGCAUCCAGUAGUGUUGUGAACACCACUGAGGACAUGCUGGCAUCUCUGGAAGCUAUUACCUCUGCCAGGAAGGAAGUAGCAUGUUUGAAUUAGCCAGAGUCAAAGACUGUUUUAGACCUCCUCCUUCUAAAUACUGACACCAAAGGCAGCAGCCUCUUCCCAUACCACCUAUCAGGGCAGACUUUCCAAGUUUGAUGCUUGAAACACUCUAACACGAUGAAAAGUACCACAAUGUAGGAUAGCAAAGUCUUUGGCUGCAGCAAAUGAGAACAAACCCAAGUGCAGCAGCUGUGGCUGAAGAAAUAAAGAUGGGGAGAGGGAGCACAGAAGAAGGAGGAGGGAAAAAAAGAAAAAAAAACCCCUUAACUACCUACCUUUGGAAAGCCUCCAGUAGUCAGCAAUCUCCAUGAAGAUCCCCUCACCUCCACUGCCAGCCCUUAAAUGAGGUCUGGGAAGGGGUGUAUCCUGGCUCCACCCCUUCCAGUCACUCAGGGGCAUUGCAUGCAGCUGAGCUCCCCCGAGUUGGCCCUGCCUUCCACCAGGUGCUCAAUCACUGCUUCAAGCCCUGACAGCAUUUCUGCUACAGUGCUGAAAUGACUUCAUCUCAAAUGUGUUCCAUUCUCUUUAGCAUCCAAACAUCCACUUCUGACCCCUUUUCCCCCCUUUCCCUGCUGAAAGGCCCAAGUGUCUCCUCACUCUGUACCCUCAGCUGUCCUUUGCUAGAAGCACAGUGUGGGACUUGAAUUUCUGAGAUCGGGGACACAGCAGAUUGCUCAUGAGAGUCUCUGUGUGCUCCACUAGGUCUCACAGCAGACAACCUUGAAGCUUGUUUUGCUUCAAGUGCCCUGCACUCAGACCAUGCUGCCUCAGCCUCUCCACCAGUCUCACCCCCUGCUCAAGAACUGGAAGAACUGAGAGAAUGGCCCUCACAUCUCUCUCUCUUUCCCCUCUUUUGAAAACUGCUUUUGCCCCAGAAACCAUUUAGGACAAAUUUGGGCACAGCUAGCUGCAACUACGCCUGCUUGGCCAGUGAGGUGAGGAGGAAGAAGGCCUUCAGCACAGCCCUUCUCAAGGUUCAAACAGGAUCUGCUUCUCACCAGAUACCAGAGCGCUCCCGAUCCUCUGCCUCCACCCCAGCACAGAGAACCACUGCCGGGUCCAAGCACACCCUCCUCCACCCCAGCACCUCCACUGUGCAUGUCCCCAUGCCUCCCACUCCCACCGUUGUACAGAGACCAAGAGCAGAACUCGUUUGUACAUAAUGAACCUUAUUUUGUAUUAUUGCCGAUCCCUUAAGAUAUUGUAUUUUGGAGACUCUCAGAUCCUAUUUUCAGUAUUGUAUUUUAUUAAGAAUUAGUGCGGGCUUAGCACCUAUGAACUCCUUUCUUGUUAGCAGCUCACUUUCUCCUUAUACUCCAGUAGCUGCCUCUUCCCUCCUGUUUUUUUGUUUUGUUUUGUCUUGUUUACUUUUUUUUUUCAAGCCACCUUUUCUCUUUCUUCCAUCACUUGCUCUGCAUUUGCUUAGACAAGCAAAAUAAAAAUAAAAUAAAAAGAUGCAGCAUCAA